AUGUUCGGUUCAAGCACUCCACCUCAUGAUUUUGGAGAGUCCACAACAAAUUCCUCGAUAUCAUUGACUCUCUCCACACCUCGACAAUCAGUCUCAUCCUCCGAUAGUGGUAAAACCUCGACGAGCGAACUUUUCAAUUCAAAAGAAAAACUCAUCGUCAUUGUAGACUCGAUCGAUAAUUACAAGAACAACAACAACAAUGAAACAUCAAAAUCAUUGCCAGACAGUGCUGGAGUUUAUGUGAAAGUAUUUUUUGAUAAUCAAGUGAGAGUGACAAGUGUGAAAACAUUCUCUAGUAAUACAAAUCCAUGGCACAUCAAGUUAGGAAAACGAGUGAUUAUUCCCUAUGCAACAAGUGUUUUGAGUGUUGGAAAGUUGUGGCUUGAAGUAUUCGAGACAACGGGAGAGACCAAAACCGUUGAUAAGAGAUUGGGAAGAACAGAACCAAUCAAAAUUAGUGCUUUCGACAUGAAUCAUCCAGUCGAAUUUUCACUUAACCUUACCGAUGAAAUUCAAGUACAAUUCAGAUUUAUGAGAGCUCCAUUGGCUAAUAGAGGUCACUUUAAAGCAAUGGAACAAGGUAUUUAUUCCCUCCUUCUGAAAAUAAAAAUGCAAGGUGAUGGAAUUAUGGAAAAUAACAAUCGAAGAAUUGACACAGAAGAAGAACAAGAGAUUGAAGAGGAAGAGCUUGUAUCACGAACACCAAAAGUGAUAAAAUCUGGUUAUCUGAUCAAGAGAGGACAAGGAAAUUUUGCCAAAUGGGCACGACGAUAUGUCGAGUUGGAUGAUAAUUUACUCUUGAAGUAUUAUGCUUCUGAUUCCGAAGAGGAUCGGAAAGAACCUUUGGGAAUUGUUGUCAUUGACAGUGAUUCAAUGAUCUAUGUUCCCAGAGAUGAAGCUAUGGAAAAGGAAUUACAAAAACAGAGAAAUAUUGAAAAAUCCAAAGAAUUUGUCUACUACAAUCAAGCUUUGCUUUUCGAUGAAGACGAUCCCACAAUGACUUUGGAAACCAUGAAUGAUCUUGAUUUGGAUGAACAACAAACCAUUAACUUGAUCAGAAGGAAACGAAGAGAGUUGGAAUUGAGAGGUCCAAUGCUGGACGUUGAUGAAUUAUAUCCAUAUUAUUUACUUGCAUCUACAGAUAGUGAACAUGACAGAAAUCAAAUUAUUGAUGAAAUUAUUGAAAGUAUUGAAAAUGAAGAGACAGAACCUGUAAAAAUCAAAUCACAAAAUAAGGAAGAACGAAAACUUGACAAGUUUUUUAACCUUGUCAAUCCAAAAGGUUUUAAAUUUUCAUUAUCCUGUCAAAUUAGUUUCAGCAAUGGCAAAGAACAUGAAAAUAGAGAACACAUUUUCAUUGCUGAUUCUGAAGAAGCAAGAAAAGAGUGGAUCACAUCUAUUUGUGAUCACAUUCUCUUGGAAGAAAAGAGAACCGAUUUACGUGAUCCUGAAGAAGAAAUUACAACCAAGAUAUUUCCAUACUUGGACUUUUUCGAACUUCUCACAACAAAUACUGAUCUUCAUGAGGUUGUGCGAUGCUUUAACUCAUUCCAAAUUAACGUAUCGGAGAAGAUGGUUGCUCCUCUUCUCACACUCUUCGAUUCCUCUGAUUCUCCAAAACCAAGUGUUGAUUUUGUGAAAGCUGCUGUCACAGUGGAAGUGGAUUGUGCUGAAUCAUCAGGAACACUUUUCAGAAGAAACAGUUUGUCAUCCAAGCUUGUCACUCUCUUUUUCAAAGUGUUUGGAUUACGAUAUCUCACAAAAACAAUCAAACCUUUCCUUUUAAAACUGAUCAAAGAAAAUAAGAGUUAUGAAAUUGAUGAUGAGAAAAUUGGUUCAUCGGAAGUCGCUGACAAGAAUGCAGCAUUAUUGGAAGGUUUAUGUACAGAAGUUCUUACAUUAAUAAUCAACUCCAAAGACAAUUGUCCAAUCCAAAUUCGAGAAGUUCUUUCUCACACAUUCUCUGAAGCAGAAAAGAAAUAUCCAUCGAGUGGAGAAAUGUGUGUUGGUGGCUUACUCUUCCUUAGAUUUUUCUGUCCAGCAUUGGUCACACCUCAACUUUUUGGUCUCGUCAAAGAUCCGCCUCCAAAGAAUGCUCAACGUACACUCACACUCUUGACAAAGAUUCUACAAAAUGUUGCCAAUCAAAUUCAAGUGAGUGAAAGUAAGAAGGAAAAAUUCAUGAAACGAGUGGAAACUUAUACAGCCAAUCAAAUUGAAAAGACAAAACAAUUUUUAAGAAACAUGGCCGAAGAACCCAAAAAGGAAAUUAAGGAAACGAAAGAAAUUGUUCCUGAUCCGAUCAAAUUACAAAGUUUGGAAUUUAUUGCUCAUCACUUUGGAGAAGCAUUUGCAAAGAAGUAUUACAACUUUGAAGGAGAUGUUUUAACAGAAAUUAAUUUUUACAAAUUUGCAAAUCAACUUGCUCUCAUUUCAAAAUCAGGACUCGACAAGAGAAUCAAACAAUUGAUUGGAGAUGGACCACUCCCACAACGAGUUUCACGAUCCUCCUUCUCCUCCAACACCAACACCACCACUACUACUAUCAAUAUCACCACCACUAGUAGUAGUAGUACAACGGCAGCAUUCUCUACCAAAACAAGUCAGCAACAACACACAGCAAAAUCUCCAACCACCACCACCACCACCACGACUCCUUCCUCGUCCAAUUCUCUCUCUGUGGCAACUCCUAACAAUAGUAGACAUUCUUCUCCUACCACUCCAACACAUGAAGAUGCACCUUCAUUGAAAAACAAGCCCCGUUCUCCUUCCAUCUCUGUGGUGGAUAUGGAUCGCUGUCAAUCGGCCAAUGUGAAAAAAGUGGACUCAUCGAAAUGGCACACCAAAAAACAAACCAAAACGAGUUCGACGACUCUGUUGAAAAUCAUCAAACGUAAAGAAAAUGAACAACAAUAA